UCCAGUUGGACGGGCGCGACUUUUUUUUACCGAUCAUGGAAAUUUUGAUACGCGACGCGAUAUUUUAUUCGUGAAUUUGUUCGCUCGUUUUUGUUUUGUUUGUUUGUUUUUUUGGGGAACUAUGGAAUGGAUUACGUCGAUUGAUAAAAGACCGUGCGAUCGAAACGUAAAAGACGUAGAACUGAUCUGCGGCAGACUGCGUCGCGUAGAUCAGCUCUGUAAACUACCAAACUCCGUGCUACAGCAACUGGCCUUAUGCGGCUAUUACGAGGAUCUGGAAAAUGGGGUGACUCUUUUUCGCCAAGGGGACACCGGAAAGUGUUGGUAUGCCGUCAUGUCCGGCACGUUGGACGUACGAGUGCUACAACCGGAAACAGACUUAAAGAGUUACGUGACGCUAUGCACUUUAAGCGUAGGAUCGACCUUUGGCGAAUCAGUCCUGCAGGACUUACCCCGUGACACGACCGUCGUUACUCAAACCACUUGCGAAUUACUCAGGGUCGAGCAGCAGGAUUUUAAGCUUAUAUGGGAGAAAAACAAGGAGCUUAUGAGCGAUUUGGUGACCAACUGCAAAUUUAAAAACGGUUUUGGAUCAGCAGUUACAUCAAAAGGAAUGACCCAAUCAGCCUCACCACCACCGCGAAGAUCUUUAUCGCCAGACCAACCGAAUCCGGCCGAACCAAUAACGGAUCAACCCAGUCAGCUUAUGGGCAGGAUUGGAUGGGCAUUACGGACUUUACUUCUAUCCCAAAAUACAUGCCUCAAGGACCGAAAAGUAUCGGGAAGGCUUGUUAGAAGAUGCGCUCCAGGUACGGAAUUAGUUGACUGGAUGCUGGAACUGUCUCCCAGCAUUCAUUCCAGAGCCCAAGCAGCUGGUAUGUGGCAAGCUCUUUUGGAAGAAGGGGUGAUUUCUCAUGUGAGUAAAGAGCAGCCUUUCAAAGACAAGUGUUUUCUCUAUCGGUUUUGGCAAGAUGAAGAGGGAGCAACCGCUCUACCGCCUGCAGAGGAUUUGGCAACGGCCGAGGACCAACUGUUAGAAAACUUGGGAACGUUAAUUAAUAGAGGUCCGGACGCUUAUUUGAGGAUGGUGUUGCGUAAACAGAGUCACGAGAGAACGGCAGAUGACUUGGAGGUAAUUUAUGAGGAAUUGCUGCACAUUCGAGCUCUUUCCCAUCUUUCAAACUCCGUAAAAAGGGAAAUCGCUAGUGUGAUAAUGUUCGAGGCGCAUCCGAAGGCGAGCACUGUCCUGUUUCAUCAGGGAGACGAAGGGAGGUCGUGGUACAUUAUUGUUAAGGGAUCGGUGGAUGUCGUCAUCCAUGGCAAGGGCACCGUUAAUACCCUUCACGAGGGGGACGACUUUGGAAAGUUGGCUCUUAUUAAUGAUGCACCAAGAGCUGCUACAAUAGUCCUGAGGGAGAGCAACUGUCAUUUCCUUCGUGUCGACAAAGACAAUUUUAACCGGAUCUUAAGGGACGUCGAGGCGAACACCGUUAGAUUAAAAGAACAUGGAAAGGACGUGCUCAUAUUGGAGAAAAUCAAUACGAAUUCCAAACAGGUGUUUUUGUCUCAUUUUAAGUAUACGGUGAUGGCUGGCACGCCGCAAAAGAUGCUGGAGCACUUGCUAGAAACCCGACUGGAUGGCAGAGGGACCAUGGGGGGCGGGGACAAUUUUAUCGUGGCUCAAGAUCCUUUUCUCGACGACUUUCUGUUAACUCACAUCGUUUUUUUACCGAUACACCAGUUGGUCGAGGAGCUCGAGAAAUUCUAUAACACGGAAUAUUCCAAUCAGGACAAGGAGUUUAUUUUGGCUUCCAAAAGGAGGGUGAUCCAGUUUGUUUACAGAUGGGUAACGACGAUCCGUCAUCCCGUAUUCGAGGACGAUAUCGCAGUCGAAUUCCUGGAGGAUCUGGCGCAGGCAUUGGAAAACGAUAUAAUGCAGUUCAAUUCCCUACAGGAGGAGGCCAGUCUGAUGCAUCACGUCAUGUCACAAUUGAGAAGGUAUCAAGAAGAUCGUAAAGCGCACGAGGGUCAAAAAUGGAAGUUACCACCCCUGGGGCAGCCUAUAAGUCUCUUUAGUACAGGCGACGACACGAACAGGACGAUCAUUAUGCCUCAAGAUGACAUAAUUUUCAGAGUAUACUGUGCAGAUCACACCUACUGUACCCUAAGACUUCCGGUGGACAGUACUGCGGAAACUAUUAAAUUAGUUGCUGCGGAUAAGUUGCAAAUACGGGAGGAAGAACUUCUUCUGGUGGAGGUUAAAUCGAAUGGAGAAAGGGCGGUUUUUAGGGAUAACGACAUUAGCAUCCCGACCGCCUUGUCCAUUAACGGGAGGAUAUUUGUGUCUCCCAAGGAACAUUUGGACGCUUUGACCUGCCUAUCGGAACAAGAAGAAGCCACUCAAGGCAUCGAGGGGGACAUUGAGAUGUUCGGCACCAAAGAGCUUGCUUACUACAUGACUUUAUUUGAUUGGGAUUUAUUUUGGUGCGUACACGAGUAUGAAUUGCUAUACCACACAUUCGGCCGUCACCAUUUCGGUCAAAUUACCGCCAACUUGGACGUUUUCCUGAGACGUUUCAAUGAAAUUCAAUUCUGGGUCGUUACGGAGAUAUGCAUGAUGAGCAGUCUCAGUAAAAGGGUCGCGGUAUUAAGGAAAUUUAUUAAACUGGCCGCGUAUUGCAGAGAAUAUCAAAACUUGAACGCGUUUUGUGCCAUAGUUAUGGGUCUGAGUAACGUUGCGGUCUCCAGGCUUUCGAACACUUGGGACAAGUUGCCGUCGAAGUUUAGGAAGUUGUAUACUGAGUUUGAGUCUAUGAUUGAUCCAAGUAGAAACCAUCGAGCUUACCGCGUAAGCGUCGGCAAACUGCAACCCCCGGUGGUCCCGUUCAUGCCCUUACUACUCAAAGAUAUGACCUUCACCCACGAGGGCAACAAAACCUCCCUGGACGGACUUGUGAACUUUGAAAAAAUGCAUAUGCUUGCCCAAACGAUGAGGACCAUCCGAUUUUGUAGAAGCAGACAUUUAGUUUUGGAACCACCCUCACCGAAGAGCGAGGGUGAGGUGAAGUCUUAUAUAUCCUGCUUAAGGGUCAUCGACAAUCAACGGAUUCUUACCAGUAUGUCUCAGAAAUUGGAGCCUAGGAGAUCGUAAAUGUUUUUUUCUUAAAACACCUCAUAAACUUUCCUAUAACUUUUCUUAUAUUUAGUACGGUGCCUAUAUGUACAGGGUCGGCAAUUUUCCCUAUAUGACAACUUAUCGCUUUUCCCCGGUACGUCCCGGUUAAUUACCUUCAAUUGUCUGAAAGAAUUAAUAUUAUCCCAACCUAAUUCAAUUUUCUCUUUUGGCAUAACCCUGGUAAUAAACCGACUAAAGCCACACCCCUUAUUCAACGGACGCAUGUCACGUGACGACUAUGUAAUGAAUAACUAAGCGGUCACGUGGUGUAUAAAGCUCCACCCACAGUGUGACGUGGCGAUCCAAGAUAGCCGCCGAUUUUUAUAUACGGGGGUUAAGGAGAAAGUUGCAGUUUUCGAGCCCUGUGUACAAUCUCUUUAAAAGUCUUUCAAUAUGCUAAUGAGGUAAAGACGCGGGUCGUUUUUACCUUAAGUCCCACCUUUGAUUCUUAUGGUAUUUUAUAGACCAAUCAUAUAAUAUAUUCGGUAGUUUAUAGACUUUAAGAGACGAUUCCCGAUUAGUAAGUAAUCAUAAGUAAACUUUGAAGUAUUUUUAGACUUUAGGGAAAUCUUAAUAACACCAAUAAUAUUCCAAUAGGGGGGUGAUACCUUUAUCGUAUUUAUAUAUGCACCUUUGAAAUAUUUAUACAAAAUUAUUGUUUAGGUUAUCUGUUGAGCGGAUAAAGACUUUUUUUCAAAAUAAUUAAGAUAUAGCUAGAUAUUAGAAUUAGAUGAUUUCAUUCAUUAUUUCUGUAACUAUUAUUGACGUAUCCGAAAACGUCAAAAUACGCCGCUCCUCCCAAUCUGUAUAUAAACAUAGUGUGUAAUUAGGUAAAUACAAACGCACAUUAUAAGUAUAGUACUUACUAAAAUUCUUAUGGCACUUUAUUUAAAUUUUUCAACUUGAUGAUCUCUCAGAUACAUUAUGUAUAUGGCGAGGACUUAUUAUAUUUAUUAAAACUUUAGUACAUAUACAUAUUAUAUAAUAACUUGAGCUUUAAAUUAUACUAACUUUAAUCAAUAAUAUAUAAAUAAUUAUUAAAUUUUUUUAUGUUUUAAAGAAGCAAUCUCGAAAGCACAAUAAAGGCAUAUUUUUUAAAUAAUAUUAGUUAAGGGAAGAAAGCAAUAUAUAAAAAAAACACAUUUUAAAAUUUCAGAUUUGUACUUUUUUUAAAUGAUUUUUAUCAUUAUUAUAUAUAAUAUAUCUACAUGUUAUAUUAA